GUCUUUAUUAGUCUACAUUAGUAGAAGCAUCGCGGGAUGCGACGGUGUAUUUUUUUACGUGUCAAAGUAGCUUCCUUCUAUGAGUUUGUCGAUGUCAACCUUCUGAACAACAAACGCCCACCUAUUCCGGGUGGUGCAUGGCCGAUUGAGAGCUUGCGUAACAAGAGUAUGGCUGAUCUCCAGCAGAUCUGGUUGCUUCUCGUGAAGGAGCGCAACAUGCUUGCUAGUACCAAAGCACACUACCUUAGGCAUCAAGAAGAGCUUGGUGCCAUGCCGGCUCCAUCUCGCCUCAAAAUGGUUGAGAAGUCCAUGCUUAAUAUCAAGACAGUUGUCAAGGAACGUGAUGCUGAAGCAGUUGCGCGUGCUACUGCCAUCUUUGAAGAGCGCCUCAGAAAAGGUGUCUACCGCUAUCCGCCAGGGCCGCCUCCCCCACCAGGGGCACACGACCCCUCCAGCAUUGUGAAAGUUCGGCUCAGCAAACGCGUCGACCCAAGUCGGCUUCGCGAACUCUUUGGACGCUAUGAUGUCUUUGAGUCACACAAAGGCAUCGUCAAGGUCGAGAUUAACCUUCCUGAGGACGUUCUGCAGCGCAAACGCGAGGCGGAGAAGCAGUGGCUGCAGUAUCAAACCGAGUGCAGCGAUACGGCAGAAUAUCACAAGUGGGAAUCACUGGGGUUUAGUGUGCACGAUUGCACUGCUGUGGAAUUGGCUCCAAACAUGUGGCUAGGGGCAGAUGCAAGGGUCAUACAACACGAGAUCUCACCGAUGGCGAACUUUCCUAUGACACCUCAAGAUGAUGGAAAUAUGCCAAAGCGCGAAACAGAUCGGCCACCCAUAGAUAACACGACUCCAACAGCCAACAAUGCUAUAUGUCCUAUGUUUGUGGCUGCUCAACUUCCUGUCCCUGCGCCAAAGCAAGCUCCAGACACAUCAAAGGAUUCACUGGUUCGCAUCCGAUACAAGCGGCGCUCCACCUUAAAUAACGCAGUCAUACAGCUUGGCUACUUCCCGAAUAUCACAUUGAAGCCGACUCGUGUCCAGCAUGUGUCUGAUAUCGAGCGGCCUGUGCACCCAGACGAGAUUGAAGGCCCCUGGGAAGCACUGAUUACUUAUGACAACCAGGAUGGUCUCGAUUAUGCCAAAUCACUCAAUAUAACUGCCAUUGAUGGUGCAGAGAUUCUGGGGCUGGAGGAGACGCCAAAAGAGUCGGCUCCCUAUUCAGAAGUUGAUCCUGUGUAUCAAGAAGCCUUGCGACAUGAGAUGGCUCAAGAAGAAACCCAGCGCAAAUGGCCACAUGUGCCAACAUGGAAAUACGAAUACGACUUAUUCACUAAGAAGAAUGUUGAUGAGAUAGUGAAAUUUAAUUAUUCGAAUGUCGUGGAUUAUGUGGAUCGUGAGGUGCUACUCACAGGGAGAUCAGUCUGGGAAUGCCCUAUCGACAUUGACCCAACAUGCGGCGGCAUGAAGUCAGUGCCGGCGCACGCCAAAAAACCAAAGACAUACAUGACACAUGGUAUUGAUGAUGUGGGAGCAACAGAUAUCUAA